UAAAAAUAAUCGUCAAUGGACUCAUCAAAAAGGAUGCAACGUCCAGCGUCACCACUGCCUGAAUUUCAAAAAUUAAAGCUGCGUCCAGUGCCGAAAGUGAAAAGGCGCGCACCACAGCCGCCUAUAAGUCUAGCGCUGAAAAAAACUUCAUCCACAACCAAGACUACCACUCUCACCACUCCUGCCAAAUUGUAUGGCAAGGACUUGAGUGAAUAUGAUGAGAUUGAUGUUGAUGCUCUGCUGGCGCAAUUGUCACCAGAAGAAAUCAAUAUUUUGGCCAAAGAAGUUGAUCCCGAUGAUAAUUUCCUGCCGCCCGAUCAACGUUGCAGCUAUGAAUGUGAAAAAAAUCCCACUGGCCCAUUGGAUCGCAAAAAGCUAAUUGAGCACAUUAAUAAGCAGGCCUUAGAAGCACCCGACGAGCCGGAGUUCGAACCCUACGUUAAGGGUACUGUACGCGGCAAAAAAUGGGUGCCACCGCCACGCGAUGAAAGUGAAGUUGCCGCUGAGGAACAGAUCGCCAUCGAUUUGGGUGAAGAAUAUGAGCAUGCGCUGACUGAUGCUACACAAGAAGAGAUUAUCGAUUUGGCUGCUAUUCUUGGUUUCCAUUCUAUGAUGAAUCAGGAUCAAUAUCAUGCUUCAUUGUUGAACAAAGGUCAACCAGUUGGUAUGGGUUGGGACGGCAUUACGAAAUCAACUCAACCAAAAUUGUUCCCCAUGGACCCACCAAAUAACACAGAUGUCGAGGAGUCAAUUAAACGUGUAAAAGAUAACGAUUCAAAAUUGAUUGAACUGAACUUAAAUAACAUUAAGAACAUUUCCGAUGAGAAAUACGAACAACUUUUCCAAGUACUGCCCGAUAAUGAACAUUUGGAAGUUCUUUCCUUAACAAAUGUCGGUCUAACCGACAAAACAGCUCUCUUGUUGGCUGAAGCAAUCGAGAAAAGCAAAACCCUGAGAGUAUUAAAUGUUGAGACAAAUUUCCUUAGUCCGCCUGUUGUGGUGACCUUAGUGAAAGCCCUGCUCAAGUGUCGCACAAUUGAAGAGUUCAGGGCAUCCAAUCAGCGAUCCUCAGUGCUCGGUAAUAAGAUUGAAAUGGAAAUUACCGAAUUAGUGGAAAAGAAUCCAUCAUUACUCAGAUUAGGACUGCAUUUGGAGUUCAAUGAUGCACGCCACAGAGUCGCCGCCCAUUUGCAGCGUAAUAUCGAUAGAAGUGGCCGCCUACGACGUUUGGGUCACUUCAGUCGCAACUACACUAUUGGUGCCUGGCAGUAAAUUGCAGACAGUUGUAGAUCUAACAGAAAAGCACGCAAGCAAUCAAGCAGCAACCCCACGAAGUGGAAAUGGAAGUGGAAGUGGGAUGUGUGGCCGAGGCACUUACGGAUUCAACUGCACAUAUGCACGCAUAUACAUACAUACAAACUGCAACAUUACGAAUUAUAAUUGGACACUAUUACUAACAUACUAUACAUGCUAAAGUGACAUACAAUGUAGCAUUUAUAAUUCAAAUAUAAUUAGAUAAAGUUUGUAAAAGGACAAUGUGUGGUUAAUAGAAAAAACAAAAAGCGCAAAUGCCUGAAUAUUGCAUAUUAAAAAAAAAUUAUAAUGUUAAUAAACGUGUUCAACAAAAGUGCUUUUUAUUGCAUUGUACAUCUUAAUUUUAUUGUGUAAAUGUUUGUUUAUUUUAUUGCAUACAUACUUACUUACAUACAUACGCAAUUGCUGCAUACUUAUUUGCAAAUGUUUGUUUUAAUACAUUUUAAAUGUUACUCUUUUAUAUUUUAUAUUUCAAUUUUAUCGAAUUAUGUGUUUCACAAGUACAUGACUACAUACAUACAUCAUAUGCUUAUAACCAGUUUUAUUUAUUUAAAUAGCUUAUUGUUGAGGUUAAUAUUUCUGUCUCAGCUAAUUUUUUGUCUAAUUGUAAUUUGAUUAUAAAUUGUAUUUACUUUAUUGCGUCUUAUGUUUACAAAAAAGUAAUAUUCGUAAAUUAUACAAAAACUAAUUUUAUAAAAAAGAAAAAAAAAAGUAGUGAACACACUCACCCACACACACAAGCGGGCGAAUGCACGCAAUAAGCAAGUCAUAAUUGCCCCACAAGAAAAUAUUUUCUUCUACUAACCAAAAUGACUCUUUAACAUUUAGAAAAAACCCUCUGCAUGCAAGUUAGAGAUUACUCCUUUCAAUAUUUACAUUAUCACUGAUUUAAGUAAAAAAGUGCAUACGCAGAGAGAGAGAGAGCAUAGAGCAUCGUUUGUACACAACAGUAUACUCCAUGUUUUCAUGUUAUCCUUAAAGAAAGCCAGGAGGAAAGCAAUAGCAAACUGCUUGUUUAUCAAAUGAUUGUUUUAUAUGACAGUCUGCUUCUUGUUCUUGUGGGGCUUGUAACCAAUGCUGCCAGUAAAUGUACUACAUGCAUGUGUAAGUUAGUUUAUCAAAUACAAAAAAGGAAGGCAAAGAGCGUCUUAUGAAUGUGUGUAGAGUUAAUUGUAUGCCAACGAGAAAGGAAAGAGUGAAGUAGAAAAUUAUAUGAGCGCAAAACUACAAAAAUAUAAGAAAAUAAAUGCUUACUUAUCAACAGCCAUACUAAUAUAUUUAUCUGCGUAUUUCUGCAGUGUCAUGCGUAUUUCUGCAAGUGAAAUGUCGUAAAUAUAUUAUAUAUUUCAAUUACUUAGCAAAUAUGUGUGCGCCUGUUCUCCAACUAUACUCCGCAGAAAACUAUGUCAACAAUAAAUGUAAUGCAUGUAUAAUUGUUGAAAAGUUUGUAAAAAAUUCAAGUUAUGUAAAAAAAAAUUGGUGUUGUUGAAAUUUCAAUUGGUACGCUUGUGAAGUGAAAAGAUGAGAAAUUUUUUAAAUAUUUGACAAACUGCAGUUGCAGGCUUUUUCUAGGUAAGAAGUUGAAUUGAGUAAAGGCCAACACUCAAAAAACAAAAUAAACGAACAAAAAAGACAAUUAUGUAAAUCACAUGCGGAAUGAGUAACAUAAAUUUUCCUUAAAAUUAAAUAAAUAAUUAAAAAAUAAAUAAAAUAUAAAACAAAACACGCUACGGUUCAAGCGAAGUCAUUCACACAACUCCAAAAUGUCGGAAGCGCGAAUUCCUUAUCAGCUUUGUGUAUAGAUUUAGAAUUCCGCUUCAAGUUAAAUACAUUCAGCCCUGUGUCACGCGACACCUAUUUAAUUGCACUGCAAAGUCUUAACAUAGCAAAUUAUAAUCAAUGGGUGUGUGGUAGACCCAUGCAAAAACAAAAUAACUGCACUCUGCACUCACAUAUGCA